CAGCUCCAGGACCAGCACCAGACACCAGACCAGAACUCAGUAUGUAUCACCAACGUUGUCCCAUCAUCCUGGUCCUUGCCGGGCUGGCCAUGUUCAGUCUGGGGGUCUCCUCUCAGGCCGAUAGAGACCAGGAUCUGUACCAGAACCAGGAUCUGGACCUGGAGCUUCGUCACCACCGACUGCUGCAGCGAGCCCGCAGUGCCGGGCUCCUUUCACAGGACUGGUCCAAACGGGCAGUUGAGGACCUUCUGGCUCAGAUGUCGAGGCCAGAGGUCGAUGCCCAGUCGGACGAGCCAAACAGUGUUUCCAGAGUAACAGGCUCCAGACUGAACCUGGAACGGUCCGUUGACACCACUGCACGUGAACGCAAAGCUGGCUGCAAGAACUUCUACUGGAAAGGCCUAACUUCCUGUUAAAGGAGGAAAACAGCAGAGGCCCCAACUCCCCGUUUCGAAACGACAAAUCACCUGCAGGGGCGACGGAACAGAUCAUUCAGCAGUCUAAUCCACUAAUUAUUGUAUUUGUCCAAUAAAGAAAGAG